CUCGAACAUCCAGGAAACAUCCUCUACCUCCAAUAUACUAGCUCUCGCGGCACUGAACAGAUUCUACUCUCUGCUUUUCGCAUGUCAGAAAUGUCGCACAGUGAAAACGAUCAUCCCUCAGCUGAAACUUCGUCACCGGAAGCUCCCAAACUCAACACCGCCGACCUCCCGCCAGUGGACGAUGAACCGUCUUCGUCGCACACCGUGAUGGAAGAGAAUGAAUUCUCAUCACUCACACCCAUUCGCCAGUAUGAAAUGAACCAGGAGAUGCUUGAUGAGACCAUCUCCACUGACAGGCCCUUGAUCGCGGCACUUGAACCGAUGGCCUCCUUACGCGCCGAAUACGAAGGUGGCUCCCCAAUAUUUGUCAAGAAGAUCGACUGGUUGAUUGCUCAUGGGUACACUGGUGUCCGGAGAGCAAGAGGCGACGGCGAUUGCUUUUAUCGAUCCCUAGCAUUUGCGUACAUCGAACGGAUUCUCCUCGCCCCCGAUCCUAUGCUAGCGGCGGUCAGCGCAAUAUCGAUCCUCGAAGUAUCACAACCUCUCCUUGAAGCAGCAGGGUUUCAGAAACUCGUAUAUGAGGACUUCUACGACACACUCGUCUCUCUCAUCAACAGUAUCGUCACCCCGGACAGUAACGGCAAGGUGCUCACGCAGACCACACUCCUGGAGGCAUUCAACACUCCAGAAGUGUCCAACUCCAUCGUGGUUUACCUCCGCCUUCUUACGUCCGCACAGAUGCGCUCAGAGCCGGAGAAAUACGCCGAUGUUCUGUUCCAUCCCGAGCUCGACGAGCCGAUGGAGCUCCGCGAGUUCUGUGAGAAUUUCGUCGAAGCGGUUGGCAAGGAGGCUGAUCACCCACAAAUUGCUGCACUGACGUCGGCGCUUACGGUCCACUUGAAGAUCGCUAGUCUUGACAGGAACGUUCAUGGCUCGGAAGAAGGCAAGGUCGACUUUGUCGAGUUCCAGAAUCAAGAUGAGUCCGGCAUGGAACCGAUCAUUCUCCUCUUUAGACCUGGUCACUAUGACAUACUGGACAGACGAAGCGAGGAACUAACGGAAAUGAACAGACCCGAAAGGAUGACUGAUAUAGCUGAGAAUAUUUAACAAUGGCAGUACUUUGUAUUCUAGCUGGAAAUACCCCGUAUCGCUAGAACCGCCUUUCAUCAUCUCCGUGGAGGGAUUCUCUAAUAUCUGUGCAGAGUCUGCGAAUAUCAUCGUC